AUGAGAACUGUGGUCUUGAAUAUGCGAUUGCUAUUAUUAUUAUUAUUAUGCAUUGGCAACAUUUAUAUAAAUGUCAUCGCGUACCAAGAGCACUUUCGAACAAUAUACCAGUGGAGAUACUUCGACUACAAAUGGAAAAACGCGAGUCACAAAGCGGCGGCGAUUGCCUCGGGCGAUUACAACUACACGCAAUGCGUGAUCAUCGACGCUGAUUGCUCGAAAGAUGGAAGGGUAUUCGUAACUAUUUUAAGAAAUAAUGGAGUUCCAUCGAGUUUAAACGUAAUUAGUAAACAGAAAGGCCCGGGCGGUCCUCUUUUACAACCAUAUCCUGAUUGGACGUGGACCAAAAGAGGUGAUUGUAACGGUAUCACUAACGUAUUCAGAGUUGCGAUCGAUAGUUGCAAUCAAUUAUGGGUUUUGGAUAAUGGCAAGAUCGGAAAAGAAAAAGUAUGCCCAGCACAACUUCUUAUCUUCGACCUCGCUACAAAUAAAUUAAUUAAAAGAGUGAAAAUAGCAAAUAAUCUCUCACAGAGUUCCAGAACAAAAAUAGGUCUAUUAGUUACAAUUGUUCUCGAGACAUACGGACCUCAUUGCUUGCAUACAACUGUGUACAUGGCAGACACCACAGGAUACGGACUCGUAAUCUACGAUAGCGACAGCGAGAAGAUCUGGCGACUGGAAUCUGAAAUAUUUCGUCCGAAUCCUAUCUUCGCGAACCACACCAUUAGGGGUGAAAGUUUCCAACAACUGCAAAACGGAAUCUUGGGAAUGGCGAAACAUCCGUACGCGCCCGUUCUCUAUUUCGCACCCAUGUUAUCGCGGAACAUAAACAGCGCCAAGACCACCGAUCUAAAGAAGUCGCGAUACGGUGCUAAAGUACACUACUACACGAUACGAGACGUUUUCCCGAGCCAGGCAAUAGCCAUGGCUAUUGCGUCGAACGGUGUCCUGUUCUUCGAUCUAUCCACGGAAUUGUCCAUAGCAUGUUGGAACACUUGCAAGCCGUUCAACAAAGACAACUUGGGAAUCGCCGGCUAUGAUCCUGACAGAUUUCAGUUUGCCAGUGGCAUCAAAAUAAUACCGGAAGAUAUUACCGGCGCAAAGGAGGAACUCUGGAUAAUUACUAAUCGUUUUCAGAAGGUCAUGGCCGGUACAUUAAAUUUCACGGAGGUGAACUUUCGAAUUAUGAAAGCGGAUGUGAUGCAAUUAAUAAAUGGUACUGUAUGUGCGUUACCGUGA